UACCCAAGACAUCAGCAGUGGAAGUGAACUUGGCAGCCAGCAUCCAAACCAGCCUCGAGACCAAAGGCCUCAGACAUUCAGGAGUUCUGAGGGUGAAAUGGCGACACCCAGAAAUUCGAUGAGUGGGACUCUCCCAGAAGAUGUUAUGAAAGGCCCGACUGCCAUGCAUCCUGUUCAAAAAAUAAUUCCCAAAAAGAUGUCUUCAGUGGUGGGCCCUACACAAAGCUUCUUCAUGAGGGAAUCUAAGCCACUGGGGGCUGUCCAGAUUAUGAAUGGGCUCUUCCACAUGGCCCUAGGUGGCCUCCUGAUGAUCCACAUGGAGGUCUAUGCACCCAUCUGUAUGACUGUGUGGUACCCUCUCUGGGGAGGUAUUCUGUAUAUCAUUUCUGGAUCACUCCUGGUAGCAGCGGAGAAAAACCCCAGGAAAAGCUUGGUCAAAGCGAAAACGAUAAUGAACUCGUUGGGCCUCUUUGCUGCUAUUUCUGGAUUAAUUCUUUUGAUCAUGGACAUAUUUAAUAUUGCAAUUUCCCAUUUUUUUAAAAUGGAGAAUUUGAAUCUUAUUAAAGCCACCAAGCCAUAUAUUGACAUACACACCUGUCAACCAGACAGUAAGCCCUCUGAGAAAAACUCUCUGUCGAUAAAAUACUGUGACAGCAUACGAUCUGUUUUCUUGAGCAUUUUUGCCGUGAUGGUGAUCUUUACCUUAUUCCAAAAACUUGUGACAGCUGGCAUUGUUGAGAAUGAAUGGAAAAAACUGUGCUCCAAACCUAAAGCUGAUGUAGUUGUCCUGUUAGCUGCUGAAGAAAAAAAGGAACAGCCAAUUGAAGUAACAGAAGAAGCGGUUGAGCUGACUGAAAUACCUCCCCAACCAAAGAAUGAAGACAUUGAAAUCAUUCCAGUCCAAGAAGAAGAGGAGGGAACAGAAAUGAACUUUCCAGAACCUCCCACAGAACAGGAAUCUUUGCCAAUAGAGAACGAUAGCAUUCCUUAAACUACUCUUUUCCUGUCUUCUGUCUCUUUUUCUUAGGCAUUAGUAUUCACAGCUUCGAAGAGAUGUAGUCACCCUCAUUUCCUGAGGCCCUCCGCAGGCACCCUCCACACGUCUCUCUGGCCUUUGCACGGAGUGACCACAGCUCACUCACACCCGCUCGCUCUCGCUCGCUCUCUCACGCAGAGAACCCAGCCAUGGCAGGCGACCGUGUAGGCAUGCUUCCUGUCUGGGGCAGCUUCCUUAGAUUCAAACAGGGUGGAGUAAGCGCCGCACACCUGUCAGUUCUCACCAGCCUCCUUCUUGGGUGAGGCUUUGCAGUAGUGGGAGCAGAUGAUCUGCCUCGUCCCUCUGAACCAGAGACUCUGUCUCUGAUGAGUAAGAUAAAUCACCGUCCAGGCCAUCCCUACACUUUCUUUAAUUCCUUCCACGUCCACAUAGGUUGUGGAGUCCCUUUUGCACCAUUAUCCUAAGGAGAGUAAAAAGUUAACGAUAAUGAGGUGCAAUAAGGAACCAGUCUGGCCAUCUUUCUAUGGGGCUGACGCCGCGGUACAUUCUUAGACUGUCCACACCCCAUCAGGGAGCCUCCAAGUGGCCAAUACCCAACCCUUUCUUCAUACAAAUAGCACAGCUUAUAAAUGGGCACAUCUGUUUCUGUCUUAACUUUCCCUGACUCCUGCUCUAGGCUUUUGGUUGCACUGUCUACUCUCAGCCUUUAGGCAAGAGAAGAAAGAAUCAAAGAAGAUGCCAUAAUGAAUAGCCACAUCUGAAAUGAUAAUCAACGGUUGUAUUUGUAAUUUCCAUUUCACAGAGUAGUUUAUGGGAUAGUUACAUUUGAUCUUCCAUAAUCAAGAAAAAAAAUCCCUCUCCAUAUUUUACAAAUGAUUCAAAGAGCCUAAGUAACUUAAAAAUAAGUAAAGGUAAUUUGUUAAUGGUCACAGCUAGUGAUUUUUGAGAGCCUUCUUUCCUACCCAGAUCUUCUUACUCAAAUCCUAUAAUGUUUGAAAUAACCACAUUGCCUGUAUAAACAACUUGAGCCAAGUCAACAGGUUUUAAGAAGCACCUGCUCUCCGAUUAGCACGAAAUAGGUGUUCAGAGAGACACAAAGGAGUCAGAAAUCAAGUUUUGCUUCUCAGGAAUAAAAGGACAUAGACAUUCACAACAUUUGGAAAACUACUCAUAUCAUUAAUAUAUACUUAGUUGUUAGAUGACAUAAUGAAGACACUAAGUAUAUGGACAUUCUCAGAAAAGAAGAUCGCGUUUGAAAAUAACGGAAUUAGUUACGAUGCCAAAUCUCAGGCAAUAGCUACCCUAUUUCUCAGUUCCUGUUCAUAUUCAGAGAUACUAGUAACCUACAUAGGAAGAAUGUCUGUAAUCUAUCAAUUACAUUUGAGCAUUUUCUAUAUGUUAAAUGCUGCCAGAUUCUGUUACGUAAAUAGACAAAGUAAUUUCCCCUCCUUGUGAUAUUUCUACUUUGCUAGGGACCACCAACUGAAGAUAUUUCCUGUGCUUAGAAAAAAAAAGGUGAAACAUUAUAUGUAAAGUCCUCAAAAUUAGCUUUAAAUAAAUAAAACUAUAUUUGUGUUCUUGUCUAAAA